AUGGCGUCCAAGCCCGAAAUUACAAACGAUCUCCCGAAAGUCAAUCGCUUCAUCACAACCCACGAUCCUGCCACCAAGAAAGCCAUCUUCUCUGAUGCCGUCCAAGAUGAACUCAAUGUCGACCAUAUUCCAGGCGCUGACUUCCGGCUCGGAUACGUUACUAAAGGAUUUCCCGUCGAUCUGAACAAAGAUGCCGAUCUUGCGGUUUACAAGCCUUACCUUGAGUCGCCUCCAGGUCUGGUCGCUUCAGGAGGCACGGUUCUGCGGUUCGUCGAUGUGGCUCCUGGUCACUUCUCGCCAAUGCAUCGCACAGUCUCUCUGGAUUAUGGCGUUGUGUUGGAGGGCGAGAUGGAGCUGGUACUAGAUUCGGGAGAGACAAGGUUGAUGAAGAGAGGAGAUGUCGCGAUUCAAAGGGGUACAAUGCACGCUUGGAGGAACACCAGCACUACAUCUUGGGGACGCAUGAUGUAUGUUCUUCAAGAAUGUAAACCAGUCGAGGUGGACGGUGAGGUCUUGAAGGAGGACUACGGAAGCAUGAAGGGUGUUCCAGCGUCAUCGUAG